AUGCCAUCCCUCUCGACGUCGUACAAUCAGCGCCUUCAGCGCCUCUUCAUGCACUUCAAGAAGAACACCAACAGCCUAUUGGAGGGAUGCUGCGCCUUAAUUGAGCUCAUCGAUGAGGAUGACCUGACGAACUGGUAUGUGCUGCUGCGCUAUGAGGAUGAGAAUAAAGCUGAGUUCUUCGUCUCGCUUCGCGUCUUCUUUCUUGAAGAGCUGCAGCGCAUGCCACUGGUAUUUGUGAUCGCUCCUCGACUUGUCGCCACCUUUAUUCACCACGGAGCAAUCUGCUCAUUAGAGCUCAUGUCGCAGCACUGGUCUGUGGAUGUGGAUGGAUUGACGCUUCUUUUCCGCUCCCUGCACGCGACACUGAACCCCUUUGGUCACGACAGUAAAGUCACAGUGGACGAACUCAACAGUAACCGAAACAAUGGCAAUCCACCACAUCGUUCACUUGUGAACGAUGCGUCGGACAACCCUGCAGCAGGUGUGGCCACCGUAUCGGCCUAUACACGUGAUGAACACGAUUUGGGCAUCCGUCACAUUAGGCAGUCACACCCACACCUCUUCCGCGGCUAUACUGUGAAGAAAGACAAAUGUCAGGAGCAUCAGGAGUUGGAUGUGCCGCCAACAGUAGUGACGGAUGGUAGCGAAUCCUCCGUUGCCUUCUUCACAAGUAUGUGUAUGGACAAGGAAGCGUCUAAAAAGGCAGGAGAGCAGAAGGUAGUUGUGCACUCUCGCGAAGAGUUACAGCGUCUUUUCGUUAGCGGUGGGGAAAUGGAGGUGCAGUUGGACAUUCAAUAUGCUCUUUCCUCACCGCCUACCACCUUUGUGGAUGUCGAUGACAAUAUAGUGAAGUGCACACUCCCGUCUGCCGGUGACGGUACCUCACUGUACGCCAUUUCGCUUGGGCCCUACAAAGCGGCAGACGACAGCGAGGCAAAGACGGCACAAGAAGUCAAGAACAGUACAACAAAUAUAGAGCAGUCGUCGAGAACAGAAAAAGAAGAAACUCUCAACAAUACUAAGGGAGCGGUGCUUAGUGUGGCCAGCGAAGCUGGUAGGGACGCAAGUGACAACGAGACGACGUCCAUCCAGUCGCCAUCCGCACCACUUUUCAGCUCUUCUAAAGCAUACCGCGAUCACGGGCCGAAAAAGAGGAUGGCGGGGCUCAUCUCUGGCCACCACUUCAGCGGUGGAAAAAGCAGAGAUGGCGCUGUUUCUGCUGCUCCAACCAUCGCCGUGGUACUGACAGGGGAACAGACGGAUUGCGAAGCUCAGUGCAGUGACCUUUUGCCCAACACACGGGAUUGCCGUACGCCAGACGUGCCUUGUGAGAUUCCUGCUGGUUGCACGCUGCGGAUGCAGAACCUCACGGUGUACGGGGCCCUCACGGUGUUCGGCACCCUAGAGAUGCGAGAUUGCACCUUCAUUGGUCACUUCUCUACUGAGGGGUCGGGGCGUGUGCAGCUCUUACACUGCGAUGUGUACGUGGACGUGCCUGAGACGCGCCGAGAGGGAAUCCUCGUUCUCGACGACUCCAUUGUGGAGCUGCGCGACAACACCACGCUCCAGAGGAAGGAGUACACGUUCACUGAUGAGCAGGCAUCUCUUUCAGUUGACACCACGGCGCCGUUUCUUUUGCAGGCGUUUGUCCUUGUGUCAAACAGCGGCUCCUUGCGUAUACAAGGUGACUGCCACAUCUACCCCUACGGCACCGAGAAAACCAUCUUUGCAGAGCAAGACGCAUCGGUUGACAUUGCUGACUCUACAAUCAUGGCGGGUUUCAGCAGCGCUGUUAGUAUACUUGGAUGUCGCGCUUUCUUGUUUAACACACGUUUAUACGGUGGUGAUCGCAUUGACUUGCAGGUGUCCGACAUUAAUCGCCCCACAGGACUGAAUGUGGAGCUGGGAGGCAUAGUCACAGCCCGCCAUUGCCAAGCAGAGCACCUAUACUUUGGUUUCUCAGUUAUUGCACACUCUGUGGCUCACUUCUACGCUUGCCACGCUGACCACGUGGUGAAUGGAUACACGAUUGACGCUUCUUCUGUUACUAUAGCGAAUAGCUCCGCACGGACAAACCAUGUGGGUGUAUUUGCGUUAAACAAAGCCAAGUGCAAGAUCAGCAACGACACGGAACACAUUCCUAGCUUCGAGGAGCGAUGCCGCCUGCUGUUAAAGUUGCGGAGACGUGCUCCAAGAAGACGAUUACUGGCACAAACUACUAUGGUCAAGCAUGACAUUAACCUCUCUCCUCCCAUUUGCAGCGGCCCUAUGGCUACACAGGAACCGGCAGCUGCUGUAUUGGAUUUCAGGGAAGAUAAAGAAAUGGGAAAAGAGAGUGUUGACCCCACUACCGCAGCAGAAAUAGCCACGGUUUUUAUUGAAAAACUUGUAGAAGACUUUGAGUUCUCAACAACACGAAUAGAAUCGCCAUCCCGUUCAGUAUCCACACCAGCACCAGCGCCGCCAGUGCCAGGGACAAGAAUAACACAAACAACAAGAACAACAACAACAACAACAGCAUCACCACUACCACCAGCGUCUGCAAUAUUGCCUCUUUCCUUUACUGGAGGCCUUUUCAGCCUCGAGGUACGUGAUGCUACUAUGAUAGCCGAAGGCAUGGUACUUUCAGACGCACAAGACACAUCUAUUUACGUCUACGAUCAAGGAUCUUUAACAUUAACGGACUCCGUCGUGUGGACGACGUUGACGUCGACCCUGCAGCCAUGUGGGCUGAAAGUUGUAAAUGGCUUUGCACAUGUGCACAAUUGCCUCAUUGCAGACUAUGCAUUUGGGUUUGCGGCGAUACAGAGCUCUGUGGUCCGUCUUGAGGAGUGCAUGGCCAUCGGCGGAACGAAUGGCUUCACUCUUGAUGACGCACACUGCACGUUGCACCACUGCGGUGCAGACACUGACCACGUUGGCGUCUUCUCUCUCAAUCAAUCAACAUUGCGCAUGGACAAUACAACGGCACCAAAGUAUAUAACGGGCGGACUCCCGUGUGUGCUGAAAGGUCGCGUACACGGAUUGGAAAGCCGCUCUGGGGAUACCGUCUGUGUGGGGGUGAUAGUUCAACGUGGUCUGGACAGUGGGUUCACGUGCUACAAUGGGGGAUGCCUCCGGCUGGAGAAGUGUAUAGUAGACAUGGGCGUUGCCGCAUGUGUGGAUUCUGUCAGCGCUGAGGCACCAUACCGAGCUCCUCAAUCUUCCUGUGCAAUCGGCUUCUCGAGCUCUGCCUCAGCGUCAGGAGCAGCGGUAGCUGUUGCUGCUGCUGCUCCUCCUCCGGGAAAUGCGGAAGCUACAGGAAGUGGCGGCACUACCACUAGCGGUGGUGGUGGAGCUGUAAAGGCGGGAAACAAUACCCCGUCUGGGGUAUCACAUGAUGGGCGUCCUCCAUCGUUGCCUUCGUAUAGCACCCAAAAAAAUUCCGGUGUAAAGGCAUGGUCUGGGAGCCACUGCGUUGUAGUUGGUUGCGAAGUGCGGCAUGUCACAUUUGGAUACGCCGCAAUUGGGCCCGAAACAGAGUUGGAGGCCUCUCACUGCACAGCAAAGCAUAUUGUUAAUGGUUUCACAGUGGACAGUGCCAAAUGCCGGUUGUCACGUUGCAGCACUAACAGUAAUCAUGUGGGUGUGUUUGUACUAAACCACGGUACAUGUGCUGUACGCCGCGGAAGCUACACAGCUCGAAUGUACAGCAUUGAGAACCGCAAUGGUAUCAUACAUGUGGAGGGCCACGUGAAGCUAAGCGGUUUUUCCCGCAUCGGUCUAUAUGUCUACGACGGCGCGAGGCUGGACACCCUGGUAGACAGUAUGCUGGACAUUAAAGUUCGCAAAGACCCCGCUCAGCAGCACUUACCACCACAAUUAACUCUCACUGGUGCCUCUGCCGCUCCGUCUGGGCUUUUUCCCUCAUGCUUUGCAAUGGAUAAGGGUACUGCUGUCAUUCACAACGCCUGCUUUGGAGGAGGUGCACAAUGUGCCGUGAGCUGUGGUGAUGGUGCCAAUGUGUACCUGCACCAAUGUACAGCUGAAUUCUGUAACGUAGCCUUUAACGCACUCACUGGAUCGCAGAUGUAUUUGUCGGAUUGCCGUGCGCUCAAUGUGCGUCAGCACGCGCUCAUUGUCCACCGUGGUGCUCUUUCACGUGUGACUUCGCAGGCCCCUGUCUCCUCGGCAGGCUCCGUACUCCAGGGACGGCUGCAGAUUGAUGGAAAGUGCUUUCUUGAGCACGUCGCCGUGCGUCCUAUGCCAGUGGGAGAUAAAGAAACGUUUCCUUUGCCACCUUUGCCACCAGGGGUAACACCCCCUUCGGCGCCGUUUUCGCGUUCAUCUCCAUUCAAUGCAACACUGCCAAUGCCAAAUGGCCUUAUUCGUGUAGCAGGGUGUGGUUCACUUCUGAUGGAUUGGUGCCUCAUUCUCCUCGAGGAGCGGCAGCGCAUGACUCUGCAGAACGACGGGAUGGACGAGACUCCGACGCAGACAGUGAUUAUUGUGGAGGGCCGAAGGGCUACAGUUCAAUUGCGAAAUGCACUAUUUAAGCAGGUUUUCUUGUCUGCACACUAUAAAGAAAGGAGCGCCCACGCUUCUAUCAGUUCGUAUAAUAGCGCCUUGGUGGCGGAUAUUUCCUCUGACCUAUAUGGCUCCUCUACCGAGGCGACGUGGUAUGGCCUGGCGUUGCUACAUGGUGCCAAAGGUGAGAUACGUGACCUCCCUGAUCCCACACUUCUAGGCAGCAGUGCUUCCUCGCUUUGCACGGCAGCGGCAACAAGUGAACACUUGGCUGAGGCGCCCCCAUUGGAAAACCAUCGUCCACUUGUGUCGUGUGUGGGUAGCGGAGCUGACGCAAUGGCAAACAGUGGUAUUACUGUGGACAGAAGUGUUCCCAUGUGUAACGCGAACGAAAUUGACAUUUUUUCUAGUGGUGAUAUUGUGCCUUUGCGCGUGCAUGUUGCAAGUUCGUCCACACUGAUUAUGGAGAAUGCCCAUCUACGGAAGCUUGUUGCUUCGGGUGGCUCAAGCAUCGAUGCUUCGCACUGCUUUUUUGCUGGUCCGGAGGCCGUCCUCCUCAGUGGGAAUACCACCUUUCGGGCUUUGGAGAGUGUUUUUGUGGGCUCGAUUCGUGGCCCGGCGAUGUGUGCAGAGUAUGCAACUGUAUCACUCACCAAAUGCCGCGGAUACUGUACACACAGAGAGAUUUUGACUGCCAAGUGCGCCACGCUGACAUUUGUAGACUCUGUUUUGUCUGAUCUUGCUUUUGGAGACAUCAAUAACGGCGGCAACACCGUCAGCACGGAUCUACAUCGUUUGCUUUUGGGUGCGCUGGCGGAGGGCGAACGUGGGGUAAGGGCGGCGAAUGACCCACGUUGUGGAGACGGCAGUGAAAGCAGUAGCACCGUGGCCGCGUGUGCGGAACGGGGGGAUACUAUGAUGCCACAGACACUAGCACCGACAUGCGCGUCUUUGGGGGUUGAUACUGCUUGUAAGGGUGCAAGUGCACUGCAGAGCCUCCCACCAGCACCACAUGCAAACGCUGAUAAAACACAGUGUGAUGCCGCCCAGUCAACUUUGAUGGACGAGGAGAUGGUCAGAAAGAAACGGUUAAUAGCCAACAUUCGCCUCUUCUCCCUCCAUAAUGUUUCUUUGGACCCCUCCUUCAACGAGGAGAAUGAGACAAUAAAGACAUUCUGUGGUAUUGGUGGGCCGAUGACACGGCUGUACUACCCCCCGAAGCCCGAUUUUAUAACAGUGACUCCAGAUGGAGUUCAAGGAUCUGGAUGCCAUCAGAGCGUACGCCUAGAGCAUUCACGUUUGUACUUCAACAAAGCAACAAUCAUUGAAGGUGGUAUUGCAGCAGAUUCAUAUAGUCUGGUUGAGGUCUGUCACGUGUCACGCAUUUCAGAAUUCAUUCGAGCGAUAAAGGAGGCAGGAGUGCGCCUCGGCAUGGCCCUGCUUGGCAUGAAACGGCAAUAA